CAUCAUCAUAAAACAUAAUGUCACGUCUAGUUGAGUCAUUGUUACGGCACCCAGAGACUAUCAAAAGCCCAUUGUUGUUGUGUCUUAGAGUAGAUAAGACACCCUCACAUGUUUAAACAUCGUUCUACACGUCACAAGUCGUGUCGCACCUUUGGAAGAUCUAAGACAUAAUGCCUACAUAUUACAUAGGUAGUUGGGGCCAACUUCGGUCACAUCAUCAGAAAGCAUGAUGGUAAAGAUACUUAGUCAACACGAGUCCACCCCAAUGUCGCCAGAGCGCGUCAGGUAUUUCGAGACAAUCCGAAAGACGCAAGUCCCACGUUACCUAUUCCGCGCGUUCACAUCUCUAAGCGGAGGCGGCCAGCAUCUCGCCAUCAACAAUGAGCAUGAGAUGGUACCUCAUGGACUGAUGGAUGGUAAGAAGCUAGAGUUUUACAGCAGAUCCGAAGCCGAGCUCUCUGUGCUGGCAUUCAGCCAUCUGCGCAGCAGCACCCAACCCCUCACGCUGUGCACAUCUUGGGCUGCUAGCAUGUUCAGUGUGCUAUGCUAUGCUACUUACCUUGCACAAAAACAUGAGGCUUGGAUAGCGGUCAUUGAUACGCACUUGGUUGAAGAAGUACUUGUUUUCAAUGCCGCGCAGCUGGUCGGGGUAGCCGAUCUUGAAUAUCAAGCCUACGGAUGCAUCAAAGGACCAGGCUACAAGGCUGUCCGGCUUGAAGCCAUCCGUGACGCUGGACUCUGCCAUGUGUUUCCGCUGCUGAGCUCCUGGGCUCCGCCUCCCCCUUCGUUGGACCCACAAGCCCUUCUGACGGAAGUAUUUGGUUUUGAAUUUCGGGAUCGCCUGUUCCAUACUCUCCCACGUGUCCCACUGAUGGCAGAUGAAGUGGAAUUUGCAGGGCUUAUCGGCUCGCUAUUCAGCUCGCUUGCACUACCGGUUGGAUUGGCUCUGCUCUGCCUCCGACCGCGUGUCUGGGCAAACGCUGCGUACAAGUGGAACAGUGAGAUUUUGACCGAGCUGCACAAUGCUCUUACGAGAAAUGUCGAUUCCGAUGUCGAUUUAUUACUAUCUCAAAACACAACUUGGCCUCAACCUGGCCUUAUCAUCGUCGGUGGAUGUCAGGAUAUCUACCUUUGGAUCACUCUGUUGCAUAAGAUGACACAACACACGGCUCAACACUCUAGUUCCAAACGUCGUGCUAGUAAGACAGACGUUCCUGAUUCUGAAAUGGAGAUAGAUGGGAAGGAUUGGGCGACGAUCCUACGACCGCGAGUAAAGAAGCCGCGUUUAGAUUGA